GCGACCCGACUAAUUAUGCAUCCAAGGGAAGGGAAAGCAAUUAGGUAUCGAUCACCAAGGCCGUCCCACAAUCGAUCCGGGACGUCCAUCGUCGCCCGAGCCACAGGUAUUCUUCUACGCGUCCACCCCAAUCGCUUCACCCCUGAAUAUCUCUCUGGCACCGCUCCUCCUCUUGGGCCUCUCGGGAGAGAAGCAGCGAUUCCACUCCCACGCCACGCCCCAAGUAAUUUUUCUUGGUGGGCCGUGCGUCAAGAAACGUAAGAGCAUGUGCAGCUGACCUGCACAGACUGUAAAUUGGGAUUCUUUUGGUAGAAACUACCGUGAAUUGAGUAUUGGUGUAUGACGUUUGUUCUGGAACAAGAUGAGUAGAACAGAAAGGAGCAAAGAGGCUCAUAGGAGGAACUCCAAUGAAGGCACUGCAGCUCGUACACGACCUCUCAGCUUCGAGGAGAUUAUGUUGAGAAGAAAAAAGAAACUCACAGCAGGUGCUGAAGGAGCCAGUGGAUCGAGGGAGCCGUCUGUGAAACAUGAUGCCAAAGGUGCCUCAGAUUGUGCAGAACCUGAUGAGGGUUACAAGAGCACAAGGGUUCUGAAAGAUACAGCAAAAGGGAGCUCUAGGAGGAUGGAAGAGGUAGUCUCUAAAAGGGAGAGGGAUUGGUUGGAAGGGACCUCCAGGAAGAUGGAAGAAGUAGUUUCUAAAAGGGAGGGAGACCGGUUAGAAGGUAAAGAGAAGGGAAAACUUGAUUACGAAGCUAACAUCAAGGCGAAGUCCAGCUAUAGCAAGAGGAGUGGUGACAGAGAAAGCAAAACUGAAAGGCAGAGCCACUAUAGGAGCAGAACUGGUUAUGGGUUGGAGGCUGAUUCUGAGAAAGAAUUUGAAAAGAAACGGCCCAAAGAUAUAGUGGAAAAGGAUAAAGUCAAGGAGAGAGACAGAAAGCUUAAAGGGGAGGGAAAAAGAAAGUACCAUGGUCAUAAUGAUGAAAAAAGCAGAUCAGAGAUUGAUGGCUCCAAGUUGAAGAAACAUGAUUCUGGAAAAUCACGAGAUGAGUAUUCAGAAAGAAAUGACCGGAAGAAAGAGCACUCAAAAGCUUAUUAUGAAGAUCCGAGGUCAAAAAGGAGAAGGUCUAGGAGCCGGGAGAAUGAUCAAGAACGAGAAGUGUCAUUUUCACCUAGGGCAAACAAACGUUCAUACCAUGUACGGGAUUAUGAAGAGUCAUCAUUCCCAUCACUCAAAGAUAAGUCAAGAAGGAAGUAUUCUGAUGGUGAUAAACAUAGAGCUUCUGGAAAUGGUGGAUACGCUAGUGGCCAUCACCGCAAAUAUGGGAGUGGGCUUGGUGGCUACUCACCAAGGAAGAGAAGGACCGAGGCAGCAGUUAGGACUCCCUCUCCAACUAUUCGCUCCCCAGAAAAGAAAACUGCCACAUGGGAUCAGCCUCCUCCAGGAGCGAACCAUACUGGUUUUGGAUCCACACUUGCCAAUUUCCAGUCAUCUACCACUCCUGCAAUAGCAAAAUCCCAGCCUACUCCUUCAAAAGAGACUGUAUCGGUAGUGAUGAGUGCAUCCGUCGACUCUGUUCAGCUAACACAGGCAACCCGUCCCAAAAGAAGACUUUAUAUAGAAAAUCUGCCACCAUCAGCCUCUGAGAAAACAGUGAUUGAUUCCCUUAAUGAUUGCUUACUUUCAUCUGGUGUUAAUCAGAUCCAAGGAACUAGUCCAUGCAUUAGCUGUCUGAUAAACAAAGAGAAGUGCCAGGCUCUUGUUGAAUUUCUCACACCCGAGGACGCUACUGCAGCUCUUUCUUUUGAUGGCAGAUCUCUAUUUGGAUCUGUUCUCAAAAUCAGGCGUCCUAAAGAUUUUGUUGAGGCAGCAACUGGAGCCCAAGAGAAACCAAUGGAAGAGGCUAAAGCAAUAUCUGAUGUUGUGAAGGACUCACCCCAAAAGAUUUUCAUUGGUGGAAUUUCCAAGACUCUGUCAUCUGACAUGCUUAUGGAGAUUGUUAGUGCCUUUGGGCCUUUGAGAGCAUACCACUAUGAGUUUAACGAGGAGCUGAAUGGACCAUGUGCCUUUCUAGAGUAUGUAGAUCACUCAGUUACUCAGAAGGCAUGUGCUGGACUUAAUGGGAUGAAGCUUGGUGGGUGUGUUUUAACUGCGGUUCAAGCUUUUCCCAGUGCACAUGUGGAGGAAAACACUGAAAGUGCUCCUUCAUAUGGUAUUCCUAUGCAUGCAAAGCCGUUACUUGCUGACUCCACUAAGGUCCUGCAGCUUAAAAAUGUGUUCAAACGAGAGGAAUUUUUGCUGCUAUCAGAAUCUGAAUUGGAGGAAACAUUGGAAGAUGUUCGGUUAGAGUGUGGAAGGUUCGGAACUGUCAAAUCUGUCAAUAUUGUAAGGUAUACUAGCACUGUUGAAACUGCUCCUAAAGCUUCUGAACCAGAAACCAUUGGUGGCUCAAAGAAGAUAGAAUCUACAACAUCAAGUCCUAAAAGUGAUUCUGAGGAAGAUGGAAAUAUACCUGUCACAAAUAAUGCCAAUGAGCCCCAAGAUGCAAGGGAUGCUUCAGAAGACAGACAAAACAAUCAUGAGACUUCCACAAAGGAUCUUGAGAAGGAAUCUGCUGGCUUUUCUCCCUCUGAUGGUGUCGUUUUUCAAGAUGUUCAACAGCUGAAUGAGCCUUCAGGAGAUCCUCGAGCUGAGCUUGAUGACAAUGUAGAUGCUGAAAGAGAAGAAAGUGGAGUGGAGAAUGACAUGGUUCCAAAAUCAUUGUCAAAACUGGAGGUGGAUACCACGAUUGCAGAAGAUGCUGGCUUGAAUAGUUCUGCUGCCAAACAAGAGGCAAGCAGAGGAGAUGGUGAACACAUGUCGAUGGAGAAUGUCGAUCCAAAAACUACUGUAAGAGAUGGAGCAAAUUCAAGCAAAGGAGAUGAUGACUGCAUGCCCAUUGACAAUGCGAAUCUUAGUAAUGCUGUCGAUGAAGCUGUUGACAAAACAGGUGUAAGCAAUGGAGAUGAUAAUCAUCAGGCUCAGGAUCUUGAUGUGUUUGAGCCUGGUUCUGUUCUUGUGGAAUUCCUGAGGAAAGAGGCAACUUGCAUGGCAGCACACUGUUUACAUGGCCGGACUUACAGUGAGCAGAUCGUGACAGCUGGCUAUGUCCCACAUGACCUCUACCUGGCACGGUUCCCAAGAUGAACGCUGAUCAUUGCUGGCUAUUAUCUUAUUAAGUACUUUUUUUUUUGUUUUCUUGGUCGGAUUUUCAUGAUUCGAUCCCCCUUUAGUGAGUCCUCCCUGAAGACGAGGGCCCUUUUGAACUGCCAAGAUAGAGUCGUCAUCUGAGGAGUGGAUAUACAGACAUUAUCUGUUCAGCCAUGAUGUCUAUUGAUUUUAGAGUAACGUAUUUGAUUGUCAUAAGAUCAGACUGAUUAGGUUUUCACAGAAUGAAGUCGUGGGGAGUAGCCUUUUUUGCCCUGUACCAAACUGCUUAUUUAUAUCCAUAACCUUCAUAGAACUUAUUUGAGGCUUU